AUGGAGUCUCAUACAGCAGAUGGAGAAUUAUACAACGAAAAAAUUUUGGAAACGGCUAAGCAUAACUUUAAAACGAAAAUUGGCACUGAGUACACGACUAAAGAUGUAAUCAGAGUGUGGGAUUGUAUUUCCAGAUGGAUCGAAAACAACAUAAACCGUGACAAAGGUAUACUGAUGAAAGGAAUCGGUUACUUCACUGUGGCCCAGUGGGAUAUACCGGUGGGUAAAGGAUACCCGUUUACAAUCAGAAAGCCCGUGUUUGUGAUCGACGAGAAACUGGCAAAAGAUUACAAUUUGAAAAGGAAGCGACCUUACAAUACAGGGAAAAUCCACGAGCAUUAUUUGAAUCUGCUAUCGGUGGCACAUGAUUACGACCUGGACCCAGACAUGGUCCAGCAUUGUCUGAAAGAAGUGGUGACGGCGUUUAAGAAACUUCUGUACGAGCAGAAAAAUUGCGAACUUCCUUUUCCCAGGAUUGGCAAAUUACAAGUGAAAAAUAAGAAAGUCGUCAUGAGGUUUUAUCGCCAAUUUUUGGACAGGCAAAACGAGUACAUGCAAGACCGCAUGGAAGCAAGGAAGAAUCGCUAUAAGGCCACUAGUUACGACCCCAAUUGGGAUCGAGAUCAAUACAAACGAGAAGAGCGACCACAAACAUCAGGCUCUGUCAUUUCUCGACCAGCCUCUUCGUUGUCACAGUAUAGACCUGGUACCGGAUACGAACGUGUGCUGCCCAUGCCUUCUGAUAAUGCAAAAAGACCCACAUCCAGACUAUCGGUCUGUUCUCUCAGACCGAUUAGCAGACCUUCGUCCAACUUAUCAGUAAGAUCGAACCACCAAUCCAAUAGGCCAGGAUCGAGGGGGUUGUCCAGACAAUCAUCGAUCCGAUCCAGGUCGCUGGAAAGACCCGCAUCGUCCAAUCAUUUAUCACGACCCCAGACCAGAGCAUCGUCAGUGGAUUUGGCCAAAUUAUCCGAUAAAGCUGAAAAAGAAACUAAAUUCCAGGACAACUGUGUGGAUCAAAUAGAAAAUAACACCGAUCAUUUGUGUUACUUAUGUUGCAAGAGGAAACAACGAGUGGACACGAUAAAUACAUUCAUCCCAGAUUCACAGGAUAAAGAUAACUUUAUGAAAGGAGACAACCCAUUUGGCCAACCGUUAAACACAGACACUGAAAAUAAGCGUAAAAUGCAAUUGAAAGACACAUCAAACUACAAUUAUGUAACUGCCAAAAAACUCGCAGAAGUAAUUAAAAACGAAAACGAAAAAGCCCUAAGUGAAAAAAACGCUAAAAGUUACAUACUCUAUAAAAGACCUAAAAGCGUCACAGAGAAUUCCGGUGAGAAAAUUGCUCUGAGGCAAACUUUACUUGACCAGAUAGAAGAAAAAAAAUUAAAAAACAAUACAAAUAAAACAGCAUGCUUAGAAGAUGAAAAACGAGUCCAAGAAGAGCUUAUAAAAAGCUUACACGACGAAAGAAUGAGAAAUAUAGAAGCGAAGAAUCGUUCGAAAGAAAGCUACUUGAAAGUUUUAAAUGAGCAAUUAAUGGAAAAACGGCGACUGGAAGAAGAACAGAAGAAAAACAUGAUUGCAUUGCCUUUGUCGAAAACCAUUUUGGGCACGAACGAGAUCCGACCAAGUAGUAUGACAGAAUACAAAAAGAGUAUCAACACGAAAACAGCCGAAUACCAACUGUCGCAAGUAGCUGCUCGCAAUCAAAACGAUCAAACACAAAAGACUGAAGAAGUAAACAACGAGAUUUGUUGGUUGAACAGACUAAAAGACGAGAAUGAACAACUGCAAGCAGAGAUGUUACGCAAAAGACUCAAUAAAAAGCAUAUUUUGUCGGAAGAUUUGAAAAAAUGGUUAGACAAUGGUGAAAAGGAAGGCCGUAAAAACGAGAUACCCCGGUCUCAUCCCAUGACAUUUCCACUUGUAAGAACACUGAAACGAUGCCGCCAGUGUAAAAAAAAAUUGGGAUAUCCGGUUGAAAAAAUUAGUGAUCUCCCAUGCUGA